AUGGUUCGAUUCAUACCCGGAGUGACGGCGACAUCGCCAGUUACCAACAAGAACGGCAGCGAUCCCCUGACGGACCUCACCCUACUGCUCAACCGCCUCCAGCGCACCAUCCUCCACGCCGACGCCGAACGGGAAGCCAGGCUCAAAGAGAGCGAGUUUGAAAGAGAAAAGGUGCUGCGCAAUAUCACUUAUGCCCGGUCGCUGCUCACAAAGGUCGAGCAAGACACCCUGGGUAUCAGGAUCCAUGCGCGCCGGCAGGAUCUCCAGGGGGGUCUCGUGCGAAAACGGGAGUUGCUUGAGCAGUUGGCGGAACGGCUGGCUGAUUUGGCUGAGGUGGGGAGCAGGCGGGAUAAUGAGGAGGAGAAUGAGGAUGAUACUUCGGAAGGGGAGGAUAUUCUGGCUGAUAUCAUUGUUACGCCGAGUGCGAGUGAGAGUCAGGAUUCCAUUUCGAGACCGACGGAUGAGGAGGAGCUGGAUGAGGAUGAUGAUGAUGAUGGGGUGUUGGGGACGCCGCAGUUUCAGGGCGAGCCAAGGCUGCCGAGGCUACCGCCGCCGCCGGUGCAUACGCCUUCUCAGGAGAAUUUACAGGCUGGGAUAGCGGCUGCACAAUCAACGACGGAAACGAAGGCUGAGCUUCGGCCGAGGAAGGGUCGGGAUGAUGGGCCGACGAAAGAGGACAAGCCGUCGGCGAUAUCUUCCUCUUCUGCGCUGUUUGGGGACAGGAACAAUAAGUCUGCGCCUACGACUGCUCUCUCGGCGGUGACGACGACGGAAGCUAUUCUUGACCACCAGCGGGCGGAGCAGGAUGCCUUGUCGGAGUCUAUUUUGCAGCUUGCAUCCCAGCUUAAGGCAUCCUCGCAGGCGUUUUCGAUGAGUUUGGAAGAGGAUAAGGAGGUGGUGGAGAAGGCGGGGGAGGGGAUGAACAAGACGGGGGAGGGGAUGGAUGCUGUCACGAGGAGGAUGACGACGCUGCAGAGGAUGACGGAGGGGGAGGGGUGGUGGGGGAGGAUGAGGUUGUAUGCGAUUGUGUAUGGGUUGAUGGUGGUGUUGGUUUUGGUGGUUUUUGUCAUGCCCAAGUUGAGGUUUUAA